AUGACGUCCCCCAGCAAUCCAAUAAGCAUGAGGAUGACUUUGUUUCCUAAUGGCUCCCUACUGAUCCACAAUGUGAAAGCUUCAGAUGAAGGCUUUUAUUCAUGUGUGGGAAUUCCAGGGGACUCAAACCAAGUGCCUCAGACCUAUACCGCAGAACUGAAUAUUGCUUAUCUAGAUGAACUAACAGGCAGUUCAUUUGAGCCACCUCUGCCAGAGAGCAGGACCCGCAUUGUUCCAGAGAAGGCAGAGUUUGAACUGACAUGCAUACCAGUAGCUGGUAACCCCCGAGUACGAGUCUGGUGGCUUGACCCGCGUGGCCACACUGUUUCUGAUAGUGGGCCAGUAAGAGUGGAUGAGACACGACUCAUCAUAGAGGCUGCCAGAGCUAUGGAUGACUCUGGAGAUUACACCUGCGUGGCAGAGAAUAUGGCUGGUACCAAGAUGGCUUCCUUCAGACUUGUUGUGGCCA